CCGGGCACAGACUUCCUUUUACUCUUUCCUUUGGCACUCUUGUCGCCUCCUCCCGGGGAGAAGCCAAGGCACCCGCGGCUUGGAGCAGCGACAGGCCGGCCCAGUGAGAGCAAGGAAAAAGUUUCUUUCUGGGAGUGCGGAACUGGGGCCGGGUUGGUGUACUGCUCGGAGCAAUGGAGCCAGCCUUCGGGGAGGUGAACCAGCUGGGAGGAGUGUUCGUGAACGGAAGGCCGCUGCCCAACGCCAUUCGGCUUCGCAUCGUGGAAUUAGCCCAACUGGGCAUCCGACCUUGUGACAUCAGCCGACAGCUACGGGUCUCGCACGGCUGCGUCAGCAAGAUCUUGGCGCGCUACAACGAGACCGGUUCGAUUUUGCCGGGAGCUAUCGGGGGAAGCAAGCCCCGGGUCACCACCCCUACUGUAGUGAAACACAUCCGGACUUACAAGCAGAGGGACCCAGGCAUCUUUGCUUGGGAGAUCCGGGACCGCCUGCUGGCGGAUGGCGUGUGCGACAAGUACAACGUACCCUCGGUGAGUUCCAUCAGCCGGAUUCUGCGCAACAAGAUCGGCAACUUGGCCCAGCAGGGUCACUACGACUCCUAUAAGCAGCACCAGCCAGCGCCGCAGCCCACGCUGCCCUACAACCACAUCUACUCGUACCCCAGUCCCAUCACGGCGGCAGCUGCUAAGGUGCCCACACCACCUGGGGUGCCGGCCAUCCCAGGAUCCGUGGCCCUGCCGCGCACCUGGCCCUCCUCUCACUCCGUCACCGACAUCCUGGGCAUCCGUUCCAUCACCGACCAAGGAGUGAGCGACAGCUCCCCCUACCACAGCCCCAAGGUGGAGGAGUGGAGCAGCCUGGGCCGCAACAACUUCUCUGCUGCCGCCCCGCACGCAGUGAAUGGAUUGGAGAAGGGAGCCUUGGAGCAAGAAGCCAAGUACGGCCAGGCACCGAACGGUCUCCCAGCUGUGAGCAGUUUUGUAUCAGCAUCCAGCAUGGCUCCUUACCCCACGCCAGCCCAAGUGUCACCCUACAUGACCUACAGUGCUGCUCCUUCUGGUUACGUUGCUGGACAUGGGUGGCAACAUGCUGGCAGCACGCCACUGUCCCCCCACAACUGUGACAUUCCCACAUCACUGGCUUUCAAGGGAAUGCAGGCAGCCAGAGAAGGUAGCCAUUCUGUCGCAGCCUCUGCACUCUGAUGGGAGCUUCCACUUCCAGCUGUGUCACUCUGGUCUCCCCCUUCAGCACAUCCUCCCCCUCCUCACAUCCCACCCCUCCAGUGGUCCAGCUUUCCUGCCUCAAGAGCUGGCUUUAUGGAUUCAUAAUUUUUGUGCUGAUGACACUUAAAUAUUUCUUGCUGUCACUUCCCCCUUUCCAGGAAAUCUGGCCUAACUUUAGGAUUUAAAAACAAAAGCAACUCUAAAGAUUGAACGGGACUUGUGCGUUUGCCGGUACACUGUUUUAACACAGUGAGGAAACCUACUCCCCUCAAAGGGUUUAUGGAACUUUGUGGAUCUGUCUUUGGUAAAACCACACAUGUAUAUUUAUUCUAAAUCAACCUGAACUUUUGAAACGUGCAAUUGUCGAGAUUUUGCAAAAUCAAUAAAGGGAAACAGAUGUAGAAAAAAAUAAGUUAUGUGAUAGCCUCUAAUCAAAUAAGGUGACCAAAUAAGCCUUAAUUCACCAUUAAGAAACCAAUCAAUAACUGACAUGUGUGAUCUUUUGUUUCUUUUUAAGAGAUGAUGUAUUUCGUUGAAAAAAUAUGUAUAGAACUCAAACAAUAUUGGACUUUUGCUCCUUUUGUUGUUUGACUUGGUCCCUAAUACAGUGAUGUUUGUAUUUCUAUGAGCUUGUAAAUAUGGAAGAUGUUGUCUUCGUUCCAUGGGGUACCCCCCACCAGCACCAACACCACUUAUCUUUCUUUCCUGGCAAUGGUGACUUUCUAGCGAGGUAUUUCUCUGUUUGGUGGUGGUAGACUUGCCCUCAGGUUGUGUGUAUUCAGUAAAUGCUUCAGCGUUUCAUGGAGGAUACUUUCUUUCUACAGCAGAGGACUCAGACACAGAUCAAACAAGCCAGCUUUUAGUGUGUGUCCCAGCCAAACAAUACUCAUGUCAAGCACAGGACAAGAGGCUCUAACACACCUGUACCACAACGCUCUAACGGAAGUCACUAGAAACACGUCUAAUGUGAAAUGGUUUGUUUAUUUUGUUUUGUUUUUUGUUUUUUAGUUUUGCUUUUUUUUUUUUGGUUUAUUUUUGCAAAGUCACUUAAAGUGAACUUUAUGCGAUAGAAAACCACUGUGAAAUGAAAUUGUACUGUUAUCGUUGGCUUACCUAUGUGUUCAGCAAUCUCAGCCCCAAAUUAUCUGGUAACGUAAAAGGAAAUGGAGAAUUUGUCUCUAAUGAAUGUAGUAACAAUGGCUCACUGUGAAGUUUACAUUGUGUACUGAAGCAUGGUUCACGUGCAGGUCAGCUGGUGUUGGUAUUAGAAAUUCAGAUGCUAUUUAAUUUUUAGCAAAUUCUUUUUAUUCAUUAAUGGAAUUACAGAACAGAGAUUAGCUGCUAAGCCUUUCUAGACCAAUUCGGUUUUUACUUUAAUGUUAUGAAUAGAGUUACAGGAUAUGCAUGUGUGUGUGUGACCAUGUGAUUAUAUUUUUUAUCUUAUAAUAGUUCAUUUUCUUGGGCAAGAUUCUUCUAUUUGCAUUCCUUCUGCUGUUUGGCAAAAUAGGGUUAAAGUUACUUUUAGGACAUUGGCACCAUUCAUCUAUUGAUAUAUUAAUGUACUGCGGGGUGUCUUGGUAUUAAUUCCAUUCAAUAGCUAAACAGGUAUGGGAUUUUUUGAUAUGCAGUGUGUUCAAGGAGCUAGGUCGCCCCCCUCCCCGCCAACCCGCAAACAGCUUAUAGAGUUGUCUUCUAAGAUGCCUUAUAGAGAGCUUCAUACUGCAUUUCUUUAUAAAGCAACCAAUACUCAUUGCUACAAACAAGAUUAUAAAUUUAGGAGAAGAGUGAGCGGAAGGAGCCGGAGCUGAUGACCUCUCAGGGUCGUUGUAUCCCUUUGAUCUUGUAAAAACUCCCCAUUGACAACUGGUGUUCCCCUGUGGUGAGAAGACAGACUGUUACCAAAUGGCAUUGAGAUCCAAUCCAGUAUUGUGGUGGGGACUUUCGAAUCACGCAGUACAGAGCCUUGCCUGCUAUCCAGAAAGUCGACUUAAGGUGCAGAAGCACUCUGUAGCUAAUGUUUUAGGUGACUGUUCGGGGUGUUGCGAAAGAACCAUCGCCUGUCUGGAGACAUAACUGAUAAUGUUUAUUUUCCUUAUCUAAGUUAAGAGAUCUUAUUGUUAUUUAUAUUUUUCUGGUUUUUGUAUUUUAAGAAAUUAAUAUUAAUGGUGUCAGAGUUUUCUUUUUUCAUUCUCCCUUCUCUCUCCAGGUCUUUUACUGAUCACGGUAAACCCACACGGAAAGCCCAAACUGUGUUGGCUAUUCAUAGUCAUUUAUGAUUGCAGCUACUCUAACAGCUAAGAACAGGAACAGUGAGGUAGGGCCUGCUAGGUCUUCAAGCUGUUGCAUUAGCCUCCUCCUGACGCUCAGAAGGGAAGGUUCUAAGUUGUCAUAUGCUCUCUUCAGAAUUCGCUUUCCGCCCUGCUCUGUGCCUUUAGCCCUCCCGCAGAGGACUCUCUGUGCAUCACCUUUAAAGACAAAAAGCAGCCCUUCAACACAGACCCACUCUUCCUGCUCCUGGCUUUCUGUUUUUUUUUUUCCUUUUCUUUUUUAUAAUGGCCCACAUAUUGAAUAUUGGGCUGAAAUACAAGUGGAAAAGAAAAGCAUGUUGGAAAAGAUGUACGACAGGAGGCUGUAUAUGUAUAUAGAGUAUGUCAAAAGCCUUUUAUUUUUAUACUUCAGAUGCUCUAAAUUAAUAAACACAAAUAAUUACCAU